AUGUUUAAACAGACAGCAUUGUUAGCGGUUUCUGCCGCUUCUACGUACACAAUUCUGGUGAGAUCUCAGGGCCCAGUGCUUGCUGAGUCGCCAGUUGCUAGCAGACCUUCUGGAUCAGUCGAGAUCCAGCGUCUGACUGCGCAGAGACUCAAUGAGCGUCCUGGAGUACUGGCAUGGGGAUCGAAUAAGAAUCAGACCCUGUCAAGGAGUAAGGAUUUGCCAAUAGUGAGAUUACCUUCUCGUUUGGAUUAUUUCAAUGGCCGUCUUUUGCGUGAUUUGGUGCUAGCUGAUGAUAUGGCCAUAGCAGUACUCGAUAACGGUGAUGUGGUGCAGUGGGCUGGCUCUCAAGAUUCUGAUGUUGAUAGCCCUCAGUUGGUACUUAAAGGCAAGAAUAUUAAUAAAGUCCAGGUUUCACGAGGAAAAUCGGUUUAUGCCCUUGCAAAUUCAGGAUCUAUUUACAGUUGGCCAGUAUCAGCAGCUACAUCUACUUCUGCCUCGAGCUCUAUCAGUAGCGACUUAGAAAAAGCAGAUACCGCCUCUUCCUCGUCUUCAUCUUCUAAUAACAGCAGUAAUGGCACUCGUCAUUGGUGCUCGUACUUCAGUAUUUUCUGGGGUGGUAAUUCCUCCCACAAAUCCGGUACAACAGUCACCACCCUCAAUACACCAUCUCUCUCAUUCGGAGAGUAUGUCAAAGAUAUAGCAGUUGGCAAUGAUCACAUCCUGGCACUUUCUUCGAGCGGUAGAGUGUUUUCUGGAUCCACGGGUCAGAUUGCGCCAAGCGAGUCUAAGGGUCAAUAUGGCAUUGCAUCCAUGUCGCAAUUCGACAAGGCGCCUGAACCUGGUACUCUGCACGAGAUUAAGUUGUUGAAGAAGUUUCCUAUUGCCAAAAUCGCUGUAGGUGAUUAUCACUCGCUUGUCCUUACAAAGGAAGGCAAGCUUCUUGGAUUCGGUGAUAACUUGUACGGUCAACUGGGCAUCUCGUACUCUUACCGUACUGCUAAUAUUGCUGUUCCUACUGAAUUGCCGAUUUCUGGUAUUCUGUUUGGUGGUGAUAUCCACCGUAAAGUGACUAAUAUCGCUGCUGGUGGUUCCAUUACAUAUUUCACUGUCAAUGCUGGUGUCGAAUCCGAGGACGUUUACUCUAUGGGCAAUGGCCUUUCUGGACAGCUUGGAACAGGUUCUUUCGCCCACUCUCAAAGAAGUCCUCUCAAGAUCAAACACUUCAGUGGAUUAUCUGCAUUCUCGGAGAAGUUGAACAAGACCGUUCCUAUCAACAUCAGUUCUUGGUCUGUGGGUACUUCACACACCGCUGUGACGCUUAAUUCCUCUCCCUCCUCCCAGGACGUGCUGGUGUGGGGUUCCAACGAAUCAAGCCAACUCGGAAAUGGAAAACGUAACAUUGCUGGGUAUCCCAGACCUGUCCCACUCUACGAAACGGACGCUUCUGGCAAUUCCACUUUGUCACCAGUCGGCCUCCAGCUGUUGACCGGUCAGACCAUGACAUUUACUGACCACAACGGAAAGACCCGUAAAGCCAAGGUCGACCAGGUUAUCACCUGUGGCGAUUCCGCUACUGCUGUAUAUUACCGUCGUUCCAAAUAA